UUGCAUGACCUCAUUUAGGAUUACACUCGUUUACGACAUGUUUAGUAUGAAAAAACGAGUUUAUUUCAACCGAAGUGUUAAGGUGAAUGUCUCAACUCAACUAAUUUACAGUUAUAUUUCCUCCGUUAACGAGGACGUCCGAGAGAGAUAAUCAGUAAUCGCUGAAUAUAACGGAAGCGACGUUCUCCCAUUUGAAUCACGUAUUAUAUUUGGACAUUGUGAUAUACAAACGUCAAGAAGCAGACUUUUAAAAAUAGCCAGCCAUCGACACUAACUAUAGGAUGGACGAUCUAUUAGUGUUGGACGGCGAUUUCGAGGCUCAACUGCGUUGCCAUUUGACGUUAACUGGAGAAGUGGAUAAAACUUUCGCGCUACAAGCUCUUCAAUCUAAUCCGGGCGCCAUAUACCGUACGCAUUUGGAUUAUCUGCGCGUCGGCGCCAAAAUAAUAAGAACCAACACAUAUCGAGCAUCCAAAUCUACCCUUAUGGCAUACUUGAAUAUUCCUGCAUCUAAAGGUUUAGAAUUGAUAUCCUUAGCCGUAAAGUUAGCCCAACAGGCCGUGAAUCACUAUUACAAGAGUGUGGAAGGUAAUCACUACAAUAAUACGGGACAAAUCAAUAUACAACAACCUUUAGUGGCUGGCAGCUGCGGCAGUUACUUCGCUACGCACUUCAGUGACCAAUCUGAUAUUCUGAUGAAAAAUAAAAAUUUAACGUCAGAUUAUGUGGCGUUUUUUUACCAACAGCGUAUAGACACGUUACUAAAUGCCGGCGUCGAUUUGCUGGCAUUCGAGUCAAUACCCUCCUUUAUCCAAAUUCCCCCGCUAUUCAAUUUAUCCCGCAUUACCCUAGAAAUUUAUGUCAAAUAUAAUCGCGAUUUACAGUUACACAUCGAUUUCACAUCGAAGCUCGUUACAUUGAAUAGCGACCAAGGGAGAAAUUUCAUAAUCGCUCUGCGUAAAGGAUGCGACAGUCUUGUAUUGGAACUAUUCACUGAGUCCCGACAUUGUGUUCAAACAUCAAGGUAUCUUGGGACUGUACGUACAAUGGAUGAAUUAACAGUGAUAGAUGGCGAUUUUGACAUGCAUGUGCGUCAGCUUUUGGAUUUAGAUCUAGCAUACGAUCCUCUGUUCGACUUAGAAAUCCUCAGAAGUAACCCGAACAUGGUAUAUAAAACGUAUUUGGAUUAUCUACGUGCCGGCGCCAAGAUAAUAAAGACUAAUACACACCGAGCGAAUACAAAGUUUAUGAAGAAAUAUUUACAUAUGGACGAAAUUCACGCUGAGUUCAUUACUACAGUUACUGUGAAGAAGGCCAAACAAGCCAUAAAGCAAUACUACGAAGAAACAGGCGGCGACACGAAAGCCGUGACAUUCCAUGAACGUCGGCCUCUAGUUGCUGGUUGUUGCGGCAGUUAUAACAUUUUGAGGGUUGAUAGCGAUGGACCUAUCGCAUACUGGGAUUUUGUCCCACUGCAGGUGGUAAUGGAGGAGCAUUAUUCACAUAUGAAAGUGUUGUUAGCAGCUGGCGUCGAUCUGCUGGCAUUCGAGUCAAUACCUUGCUUGAUGGAGGCAAAGGCGAUAAUUAGAGCCCUGAAGUGUUCGGGAUCUCGCGCUUGGAUUACGUUCUUAUGCUCGAUGAAUGGAAUAUUAGCAGACGGAACUACCUUUGCAGAAGCGGCUACGUACUGUUAUGAAUCCCUGCCAGACCAAUUUAUCGCGAUCGGAGCUGAUUGUCCCUAUCCUAGAUUUAUGAAAUCCUGGUUGAAAGACCUCAACAAGAACAGAGAUUCUAAGAUUCCAAUUUUGUUCCGAAUUGAAAAACAUUAUUUAGGUUUUACACAGUGUACUAACGCAUGUGGUGAUUUUUUGCAAGAAUUUGUGAACAUCGGAGUACGUUACCUUGGUGGUGGUUGCUUGACAAGCGCGGAAGAUGUAAAACAAAUCAGCAAAGAAAUAGAGAUUUUUCGUAUUUCCAAAAACAAAACAGACACUUCAGUGUGUCAAGAUAAGGCAGGUCCAUCAAACCAAUGACUUCUGCAUUCAUAUGAUAUAUUGUCGCAUAAAUAUUAUAAUAGAUGUUUUCUGUCUACGAGAAUUUAAAAUUCUUAUCUUUUAUAUAUUUAUUUUAUUUUAUUUUAUAUUAUUUAUAUUUAUAUUUUAUAUUAUUUAUUUUAUUUAUAUUUUAUUUUAUUAUUGUAUUAGUUUUCUCUUACGUACAAUUUGUGUCUAUAUUAUCUUAUUUAUAAUUAUUUAUUUAUUCCUAAUGGACAAUAAAUACAGCACAUUUUCUGCA